AUGGUGAAUGUAUGUGCAUGGCACCACCAUUCUCCUCGCGUGCGCUGUACGUUGUCUACACUCUGCCGUCCCUUUAACACCGGCUUUCGUAUACCAACGCCACACACUGCAACGCAAUACACUGCUGUAUUCUUAACAAAAUUUUUCCCACCCUCCGUCUGUGUGGAUGAUGGUACGGACAAGGUCCUGGCGGUUCGCACACUCUGGUAUGACAAGCAGGAGUUGUACGAGACCAACGGGAAGGGGCGAGGCAAGGCCACCAGCGUCGACGACGGGCGACGUGUCAUCACCCAGGAGCAAGAGGAUGGACUGCGCGAGUUCAUCAAGGGCGAGCACGAGGCGGGACGUCAGGUCUUCCGCCGUACCGUCAAGGAUUACUUGGAGUGUUCGUUCGGAUUAGAGAUGUCGAAUCGUGCCGUGGGAGGGUUGCUGCAGCGCCUUGGCUUCAAGCGCCGUAGGGGUAGGAUCAAAAUACCCCCGUUGAACGAGGAGAGGAAAAACCGCAUCCGCCUCUUCCUUGUCAAGAUGGACCUCGCGAAGGGGGCCGAGGACGCUGGGGUCGCAGUCAUUGUGUACAUGGAUGAGAGCUUUGUUCACCAGGCGCAUGGUUCCGCGUACUCGUACUUUCCUUCUGACGAUACGGGGGUUGUGCAGGAUGGGAUAGGCCGUACAACGGGGAAAGGUUUGCGUAUGAUCAUGGUGCAUGCGAUCACGAAGCACGGGCCCUUGGCCGAGCUACAGGAGGGAUUUCCUAUCCGUGAGGGUUGGUUCAAGGCUAAGGAAAAUCGUGCGAAGAAGAUUAAGCCUGGCGAGGCGGAUUUCGAAAUGUCAGAUGAGCAGACAGCAGAAUUUCUGUGGCAGGCCAAGUUGGCAACCGGAGAUUAUCAUAACGCCAUGACGGAUGGGAUGUUCAUGCAGUGGUUGAAGCACCGACUUACCCCGGCCUUCGAUGCGCAGUUCAAGAACAAGAAGAUGUUUCUCGUUCUCGAUAACGCCUCAUACCACCACUGCUUUGACGAGGAGGUUAAGGUGCCCGAAACCAACAGUAAGAAGUACAACGUCGAACUCUUGCGCAAGUACGGUUGCACGUCGUUCAAGGUGACGCGUGAGUCGGAGGGUAAGGCUGCUGAGUACAACUUUGAGGUCCCGGCGCAGGGGUCGCUACCCAAUGCGAACCGCAAGAACGGCGUCAGCAAAGAAGAGAUAGCCUCCGUCACUCGGACGUACUUCAAAAAGAAUUUUCCACAAAAGCUCGAGGAAAAGGCUGAGACGUACAUGAGGGAGAAGGGGUGGGGGUUAAUUUGGACACCGCCGUACAUGCCGACUUUCCAGCCGAUCGAGCUGUUCUGGCAGCACGGCAAGCAUUACGUGAGCAUCCAUUUUGAGAAGGGGCGGAACAUGUUGGAUGUCUGGAAGCAAAUCCGUCUCGGUUGGUAUGGAGACCCGGAAUGGGACGGUCAGGAGGGGGGGUGGAAGGCAGCCAACUGUGGAAAGUUGGUGCAGCAUGCCAUUGGCAAGAUGGACUAGUUGAUCGGCCUGUAUGGUGGAAACCUGAGCGGUACGAUCGGUAGCCUUGAGUAUCCAGUGGCAGAGUACCAAGAGGCUACGGCCGAGGAUGAGAUAGAGGAUGGGGUGGAGGAGCAGACGGAUGAGUGGCUGGGUGAGGACGCGGAAGAUGCCAUUGAGGGCUGAAAAAAAAUGCCAACAAACAAAGCCAACAAAAAAAAGCCAAAAACAAAUGCCCUUUUUUUGGCCAAUAUUUUUCGACUUUGAUUCCCGAACAGCGACACGAAGGGGCUGCACAGAAGGCGCCAUUCUGAGUGCAAGCUGACAUAUUGUUUGAUGUUUCGCAAUUGAGAUGGCUGUAUCAUCCUGUUCAAUCAAUUUAUGGAUUACUUGUGCAAGCCCUGGGGCCGCAUCGUUGGAACACCGCGCUUCAAUAUUUUUGGAACUUCGCCGGGUGCGAUCACACACUAAUUUCGUAAUAUUACUCG